CCGGCAUAUAUUUACUGUUUCGACACGCAAGUCGACGCACACUGAAGACGCAAGCCGACCAACCCAGAGUGCUGCCUUCUCACAAGCUGUGUAACUGGUAGAGAAGCCCGACGAUCGUGACGAUGAACCCAAGCGCAGCUCCCAAUGGGUCAGGUUCCUGCUCAAUGGAUGACUCCUACAAGUACCCCAUCUACUCGGCGAUCUACGGCAUCGUCUGCAUCAUCGGGAUGAUGGGCAAUGCCAUCGCGCUCUACGUCUUCCUGUGUCUCACGCGGACCAAGAGUGCCAGCACCAUCUACCUCAUCAACCUGGCCUUCGCCGACAUGUUCUUCGUGCUGACGCUGCCACUGCGCGUCGUCUACUACGUGCGUGACGGCGACUGGCCGUUCGGGGACGCGAUGUGCCGCAUCAGCUCGUUCGCCUUCUACGCCAACCUGUACAGCAGCAUCUUCUUCCUCACCGGCCUCAGCGUGACGCGCUACCUGGCCGUGGUUCACCCCGUGCGCUCGUUCAAGGCCGUCACGGCGAGGCAUGCGGUCAUCGCCUGCGUGUCCAUUUGGGUCUUUGUGACCCUGAUCACCUCCCCAUUCCUUCUCAGUGGCCAGCACGUCACGUCCAGCGGGAGGACCCUGUGCUUCGAGAGCUCGGGCAGCAGCCUGAAAAUGAUUUUUGCCAUGAACUACCUCGCCCUGGUGGUCGGAGUCCUCAUCCCGUUCGCGAUAAUCAUCAUCUGCUACGCGGCCAUCGCCCGGGCGCUGAUGAAGACCUCAGAAGGCCAGCGCAGGGACUCGAACGUGCGGAAGCGCGCGGUGCGCAUGAUCGUCCUGGUGCUCACGGUGUUCGUGGUCUGCUUCAUCCCGUACCACGUGCAGCGCACGCUGCUGCUCCACAAGCUCAUCAACCGCCACAGCAGCUGCGACACGAAGCUCUACCUGCAGAAGUCGGUGGUGGCCACCGUCUGCUUCGCCGCCUUCAACAGCUGCCUCGACCCGCUCAUCUACUUCUUCGUCGGCGAGAAGUUCCGCGAACGGUUCAUGAGCGCCGUGCAGAGGUACGCAACGAGAUUUGGACUUGCUCGGGUGUUUUUCGAAGUGGAGCGCUGCACAGCUCUCUCCCAUGUGUUUUCGCGUUUCGUUUUUUUCCUUCCAAAUAAUACCGCGAUGUUUCAUUGCACGUGCCGAGAGCUGCUCCAGGAUCUGAGUAUCCAGUUUCAGUUGGACUGA